GUUGUGUGUGUUUUGCUUGUGCAUUACACUUUUACUAUUUCUGGUAUAGAGAGGACGCUCAUGCUUUCUGCGCGCCUACACCACUAAAACUGCAAAUAUUUUUUCUCCUUUUUACUACUUUCCCAUCAAUAUCACAAUCAAUCAUUGCUUCUUCUUCUGAUCACAGAGAGAGACUGAGAGAGAGAGGGAGAGAAACAGAGAGAGAGAGGGAGAGAGACUGAGAGAGAGAGGGAGAGAGAGAGCACCGCAUGAGCUAACUGAAGGCUGUUCUGUUCUCCAUUUCAUUAGAAGCCCGUCAAUUUGUAACAAGGAAAUACAGGAUGGCUCUGAUUGUCGUAUUUCUCUACCUCAUAUCAUUACAUGUAUGUGAUGCCACACAUUCAGAUGAAAUGGAAAUAGAGUCACUAAUGAUUCUAAGGAAAUCUCUGAUCCACCAAAGAAAUGCAUUCCCGAGUUGGUUUGAUUCGAAGAUUCCUCCAUGCAACUGGACUGGCAUAGAGUGCGAGGGUCCAGUAGUCACGGGAAUAGAUCUAUCUUGUACAGUGUCACCCCUGAAUAUUCCAUUUCCAGAUAUUGUUGGAAAAUUUAGCUCGCUGAAACACCUUAAUCUAAGUGGCUGCGCGCUGGCUGGAACUGUUUCUGCGGAUAUUUGGAACUUGAAGAAUUUGGAGACGCUGGACUUGAGUGUAAACAAUCUGGUUGGGACACUGCCUCCAACUCUCUCUAACCUGAAAAACAUAAGACAACUUAUUCUUGAUGACAAUAGUUUCUCCGGCCCUCUACCAUCAACAAUUGGACAUCUUAAAGAGCUUUUUGAAUUGUCUGUUCAUGCAAACUCUUUUUCUGGAGAAAUUCCUUUGGAGCUUGGAUAUCUAGAGAAUUUGGAGUCUCUGGACCUUGCUUUUAAUCACUUCUCAGGGGAAAUUCCGUCUACUUUCAGCAACCUUACAAGUAUUUUGUAUGUGGAUGCUGGUCAUAACAAAUUAACAGGAGCAAUAUUUCCUGAAAUUGGAAACUUGCUGACGCUUAGAAUACUUGAACUCUCGCAUAAUUCACUUACAGGGCCCUUGCCGUCAACAAUUGGUAAUUUGAAAGACUUACAAGUGCUUAAUCUGGAAAACUGCAGGUUCACAGGAAACAUUCCUGAGGAAAUGUCAAAAUUGACGGCGUUGGCCUCAUUAGACAUAGCUCAGAAUAAUUUUGAGGGAGAACUACCUUCAAGCUUUGGCAAGCUUACAAAUCUUGUUUACCUUCUUGCCAUGAAUGCAGGAUUGAGUGGAACUAUACCAAGAACAUUGGGAAACUGCAAGAACCUAAGUAUCUUGGACUUGUCUUUCAAUUUACUAUCUGGUCCAUUGCCUGAUGAUCUUGCAAAUCUAGAAUCACUCAACUCACUUGUUCUCGAGUCAAAUCACCUGUCUGGCCUGUUACCUGAGUGGCUCUUCAAGUUUAAGCGUGUAGAGUCCAUAAUGUUAGCGAAAAACAACUUUUAUGGGCCUUUACCAACCCUUCAUAUGCCAUCUUUAAUGUUUCUUGAUGUGAGUUCCAAUAAGCUUUCUGGUGAGUUGCCUGCGGGAAUUUGUCAAAACAGCUCCCUUACCUCUUUACUACUGUCUGAUAACAACUUCAAUGGUACCAUAGACAACACUUUCCGGAAUUGUUUAGGCCUGACAGACUUGGUGUUGUCUGGAAAUGAACUGAUUGGUUCUGUACCUGCUUAUUUUGGGGAGCUUCAACUGGUUACCCUGGAACUUUCCAAGAAUCAAUUCUCAGGCACUGUCCCUAAUCUAUUAUGGGAAUCCAAAACACUAAUGGAGCUGUCAUUAAGCAACAAUAUGCUUGGAGGCCAGAUACCAGCUGCAGUAUCUAAACUUCCUACCCUACAAAGACUUCAACUGGAUAAUAAUCUCUUUGAAGGAAGCAUUCCAAGAUCCAUUGGUCAACUCAGAAACUUAACUAAUCUAUCACUACAUGGUAACAAGUUGACAGGAGAUCUACCACUGGAGCUUUUUGACUGUAGGGAGCUUGUGUCUUUGGACCUUGGCUUUAAUCAGCUCACAGGUUCUAUUCCGAAAGCCAUCUCUCACCUGAAAAUGCUUGACAACCUUGUGCUUUCGAACAACGCCUUAUCUGGUCAGAUACCACAGGAGAUUUGCUCUGGAUUCCAGAAGGUACCUUUACCUGAUUCUGAGUUCAUACAGCAUUAUGGAAUGCUAGAUCUGUCCUAUAACGAGUUAUAUGGUCCAAUUCCUACAUCAAUCAAGCAGUGCAUCAUUGUGAGGGAACUACUGUUGCAGGGAAACAAACUUAAUGGGAGCAUUCCUUCUGAGAUAUCGGAACUGACAAACUUAACUCUUCUUGAUCUGUCUCAAAACUUGCUGAAACGGCCAACUGCUCCUUCAUUCUUCUCAAUGAGAAAUCUCCAAGGACUGACACUUUCGCAUAACCAGCUGAGUGGUACCAUCCCUGAUGAUAUUGGGUCACUAAUGCCGAAUUUAGCAAAGGUUGACUUAUCUGGUAAUUGGCUCACAGGUUCACUUCCUUCAUCCUUCUUCAAUAUGAAGAGCUUAACCUACUUAGAUGUUAGCACCAACUCUUUCUCUGGACCAAUAUCUUUCAGUCUAAAGACCACCAGUUCUCUUGUAGUCCUAAAUGCCAGUAACAACAAUUUUUCUGGAACCUUCGGUGAUACUGUCUGUAAUUUAACCAGCCUUUCCAUCCUAGACAUUCACAACAACGCCUUCACUGGAAGCUUUUCUUCCCUGCUGUCCAAUCUUGAUGCAAUGACAUACCUAGACUUUUCUAACAAUAAAUUCCAUGACCCGUUUCCCUGCAGUGUUUGUAGCAUCGAAGGCCUCACAUUUUCCAACUUCAGUGGCAAUAGUUUCAGUAGCCAGGUGCCAGAAACUUGUACACAGAGCAGACCGUGCAUAUCUUAUCAGCCAGUUCCGCCUUCUGGACACAAGUACUCUCCACCACUUCUAAAUCAUGCCUCUAUGUUGGCUAUCAUACUUAGUGCUGCAUCUAUAUUCCUAAUCCUACUCUUUGCACUUGCAAUAUGGCGUAUGAUGCGACAUGAACCUCUAACUCUUGACUGUGGAAAGGGUACAUUAGAGUCAGAGUCCAUGGAUGUGCUUCUAGGAAAGAGGCGAAAGGAACCGCUGAGCAUCAAUAUUGCAACAUUUGAGCAAUCACUUGUUCGUAUAAACCCUUCAGAGAUAUUAGCAGCAACUGAGAAUUUUAGCAAGACUAACAUAAUUGGGGAUGGUGGAUUUGGCACUGUUUACAAAGCCUUUCUUCCAGAAGGCCAAACAAUUGCUGUCAAAAGGCUUUAUGGGAAUCAUAUGCAUGGUGAUAGGGAAUUCUUGGCUGAAAUGGAGACUAUUGGGAAGGUUAAUCAUGAAAAUUUGGUUCCUUUACUUGGUUAUUGUGUCUCUGCUGAAGAAAGAUUUUUGAUAUAUGAGUACAUGGAGAAUGGAAGCGUUGAUAUGUGGUUGAGAAACCAGGCAGAUGAAGUUGAAUUACUUGAUUGGCCAACUCGAUUCAAAAUCUGCUUAGGAUCAGCUAAAGGAAUUGCCUUUUUACAUCAUGGUUUUGUUCCUCACAUCAUCCAUAGAGACAUCAAAGCAAGCAAUAUCUUAUUAGACAGCAACUUUGAGCCAAGGGUUUCUGAUUUUGGACUAGCUCGAAUCAUCAGUGCCUGUGAAACACAUGUUAGCACUAUGCUUGCUGGGACACUGGGAUAUAUUCCACCCGAGUACGGACAGACAAUGGUGGCCACUUUUAGGGGUGAUGUCUACAGCUUUGGAGUAGUGAUGAUGGAGUUGGUCACAGGAAGGGCACCAACAGGACAAGCUGACAUUGAGGGGGGGAACCUCGUAGGCUGGGUCAGACGGAUGGUUGCAACCGGGAGGCAAUGUGAAGUACUAGAUCCAUAUGCCUCUGAUUCAACAGUGUGGAAAGAUCAGAUGCUCUGUGUUCUAAGUAUUGCACGUUCUUGUACGUGUGAAGAUCCAUUCAAGCGACCUACCAUGCUCGAAGUUGUGACACUGCUGGAGGAGAUAAAGAAAACUGGCACCUAUGAUGAUUUAAACUAAGUCGCAAUGUAAGUUUUGUAUGCCUAGGAAGGAUGCUUGUCACUACUUGAAUAAAUUACAAUAUUUGCGACUGAUGAGAUAUGCUAUUGUCUGUAUCAAUUGAUCUGAUGAAGAUGCAAAAAAAGAGGAACUUUAAAUCAA